AGUAGUUCACUCACAUCCCACAAGGUUGGUCAGUUUCAGCUUCAUCCAUGUCACACGACCAAGCGCAGAGUUUGCGCGAACCUAUCCCUCCAACCCCUUCAAAACUCCUCGCAGUCCGUACCGCAGUCCUUCGAAAGUAUCCACUUCGCGGACCCAUGUCAUGGCGGCAUUCCCUCAUUCCUCGACCUGUCCUCAACCGACUUCUCCCACUCCUUUCUCCUCCAUCUAGCGACACACCGUCCGCAUCUUUCUAUCGCCUUUAUCAAUUUUUUGUCAUAGACUGGACAACAGGCUCCGCCACAGACACAGACGAGGCACUUCAAUACGCCAUCAUGGCUGGACUAUGUUACAUCAUGGAGAAAGCGUACAACCGUCUUAUUAUGGCAGGAUUACCCCGCGAUGCACCUUCCAUCGUAGAUGACUUCGAGGAGCUACGGGCACGCCCAAAACGCCCCGAGAAAGUCCCAGCAUGGGCAGAAGCGGUUGUCCCGCUCGGUGAGGGAAACUUGCCUGCAGAUGAGAACGCUGAUGAGGAUUUCUUGCGCUUCGGAGUCCGGGUGGCGACUCCUCAUUGGGUUUUUGUUUGAAUGAUGUUUGCUGUUUCGGAGGAUUAGUGGAGGGUACGUUUAUGGCCAUCCCUAACGACAGUUUCUGAUGUCUGUCCUUCACCAUUCAGCGUUUCAUGACGGUAUAUAUCUCCAAAGCCGAGUCGCCGGAACCUAUUAUUCACUGCAUUCAUCACGUGCAGGGUGACGC